GUGACAUAUCUGUCUCGUUGUUCCAUCUGUGCUCGAUCUCUUUGGUUCAAGCACACAUCGCGCAACUUUUGACGUUCUGAAGUUUUCUACGACAAAGCGAACGAGUGGUUUAUCAAGGAAGCAACUCCGCUGGUUGGAGACGUGGCUCGCUUGGCUGCCAUAUUGAAGUAACUCACAUUGAAGCACUACAAGCAACAAGCAGUUUAGCUAGCUAUCCAACUAUAUUUUCUUUCUAAAGGCGCUUUAGAUUUACUGGAUCUUGACUGAGCAAACACCAUCGGAGAUUGAAGAUCGUUUUCCUAACCAUCUGAGAUUAAAUAUCGUUUUCCUAAAGAGAGACCAACAAUGGUGCUUUUGGCAGCGGCGGUGUGCACCAAGGCAGGCAAAGCCAUCGUGUCACGGCAGUUUGUGGAGAUGACCCGGACGCGUGUCGAGGGCCUGCUGGCUGCUUUCCCCAAGCUCAUGGGCUUGGGCAAGCAGCACACGUUUGUGGAGACGGAGAGUGUGCGUUACGUCUACCAGCCGUUGGACAAGCUCUACAUGGUGCUGGUCACCACCAAGAACAGCAACAUCCUGGAAGACCUGGAGACGCUGCGGCUCUUCUCACGCGUGAUCCCAGAGUACUGCCGUGUGCUGGAGGAAGGGGAAAUCUCAGACCACUGUUUUGACCUGAUAUUCGCCUUCGACGAGAUCGUGGCCCUGGGCUACAGGGAGAACGUCAACCUGGCCCAGAUCCGCACCUUCACCGAGAUGGACUCUCAUGAGGAGAAGGUGUUCCGGGCAGUCAGAGAGACCCAGGAGCGAGAGGCCAAAGCAGAGAUGCGGCGAAAGGCUAAAGAGCUGCAGCAGAUCAGGCGAGACGCCGAGCGCUCGGGGAAGAAGGUGCCGGGCUUCGGCGGCUUCGGCAAUGCUGGGAUGAGCAGCAUGUCCUCAGGGUCCAUCAUCACAGACACCAUCAUCGAACCCGAGAAACCCAAGAUGGCUACCGUCCCAGUCAGGCCGACCGGAUCCAGCAAAGCCCUCAAGCUGGGCGCCAGGGGGAAAGAGGUGGACAACUUUGUGGACAAGCUCAGGGGGGAGGGGGAAACCAUCACGUCCAACACAGGGAAAAGGCCUUCGCUUGCGUCCAAUGUCCUACCGCCACCAGUUAAUGUGGAGAGUGUCCACAUGAGAGUUGAGGAGAAGAUCAGCCUGACCUGUGGACGUGACGGAGGUCUACAGAACAUGGAGCUCCUAGGCAUGAUCACGCUGAGAGUGACCGACGACAAGGUCAGCCGCAUCCGCCUGAUGGUCAACAACUACGACAAGAAGGGAGUACAACUGCAGACACAUCCCAACGUAGAUAAGAAGCUCUUCACUUCAGACUCUGUGAUUGGUCUGAAGAACCCCGAGAAGUCUUUCCCCCUCGACAACGACGUGGGGGUGCUGAAGUGGAGGCUCCAAAGCACAGACGAUGCCCUCAUACCUCUAACCAUAAACUGCUGGCCUUCAGAGAGCGCUACUGGCUGCGACGUGAACAUAGAAUAUGAACUGCAGGAGGAGAGCCUUGAACUGAACGACGUAGUUAUUGCUAUCCCAAUACCAUCUGGAGUUGGGGCACCCGUGGUUGGAGACGUGGACGGAGAGUAUAAGCACGACAGCAGACGGAACGUUCUAGAGUGGAGCCUACCCGUCAUAGAUGCCAAAAACAAAAGCGGCAGCCUGGAGUUCAGUGUCGCCGGGCAACCCAGCGACUUCUUCCCCGUCAACGUGUCCUUUGUGUCCAAACGCAAUUACUGCGACAUACAGGUUGCCAAAGUGACUCACGUAGACGGAGACGCACCAGUGAAAUUCUCUUUAGAAACUUCGUUCCUCGUCGACAAAUACGAGAUCAUGUAAAAACAAAAUAUAUACGUCAAAGCUCCAGAGAAGACAAAAUAAAUACUCGCCUGCCUGCCCGCCUGUGGAACAUUUUGAGACUGUACACAUCAACAGGAUCCAGCCCUUCAAAAGCCCUUCCCGAGGUGGAGCGCAGUAUUGGUGUAUUUAUGUUUGUAUGAUAGAGAAAAAGAUCUACAGUGUGUGUAAAUAUAGAGUUCAAUUUAACGGGCAGCGAAACAUGCUGUUAUUCGCCGUGGAGAGGCGGGAAGUCAAAACACGAUGACUAAAGGGGCAGCAGGGAAGGGAGAUGGGUGGUGCUCUCGGUUAAGUGGUGGGGUAGGAACCGUACUAGCUACAGACAGGCAUCGGGGACGUGUUCACUAGAACACAAAACGGAAAAAGAAAACAAAAAAUAUAUAUUUUCUCAUUUUGAGGAAAAAUAAAAUUAGCCUUUCUAAUUAUAUAAGUCCAGGUAGUCCCUCCCUGAUUCAGUCAGUUUUCUUCCAUUUGGGGCCUAAUGAACAUGACCCUGUUGUGUUGGCUGAGGAGCUAGUCGGUAUUCAGCUGGUUCAUCUUCCCUGCUAUAGAGGUUGAGUAAUUAAAAUCAUCCCCACCUCGAAGAGAGUCAUGCAUCCUCUACCAGAGACAUUUUGUAUUUUAUACAUUGGACCAGAUUUUGAAGAAAGCGCCUAGGUGGUCUUUCAUGUUUUUGUUUCAUAACUGCAGGUUCACCGCAAAUCCAUUUUAAUGGCACCUGUUUACCCACUAAAGGCAUUUUUUUUUUCAUUAGAUUGAUUAAUCUCAAUAUGUAGCUUUAGGUGUUGGCUGUGGUAUUGAGAAACUGUUAAGAUGGAAAAGAGUAAGCAGCCAAUUCACAAGGCAAACCACUGCGUUUGUUGGCUAUAGAAGUUCUCGAAAAGUAAUCAUUUAAAAGCUCCAUAGCAAGCUCACCGUUUUACUAUUUACAAAUGUAUCAGUUGUUGAAAAGGAAGAGGCGAUCAAUAUACUGUGGUUCAUAUCAAACAACCAUCAAUAGAGGGAAUACUUUGGUCCUACUGCGAGGAGGACUCUCCUGCCAGUGACACCACCUCCCUCUGAUGACUCCAGUCAUUUACUCCCAUAAUGAACGGAUGCUCUUUAAAACCCACUUAAUCAAAAGGACAACAUGUAGUGGUUUCAUAUGUUUUGGUUUUGAUGUUUUGUUUGUAUUCCCAGAAUUUCAAUGCGGUUGGUUGGAUAAUGGGGUUUGAAGAUGGCUAGAUGGGACAUUUUAUCUGUAAAGAAAUACAGAUGGGGAAUCGUAACAUUCCAGUAUAAAAUGUGAAGCAAAAAAUCUUUAAUUAAUUAAAGUGUAUUAUUCAA